UCAACGCCAUCUCCAUUACCUACCUAACCCUGUCAUCAACCUCGAUCAACAGGUUUUGUCAAGAAACAUAAGCUCGUUCAACAAGCAUCCGUCGCUCCGAUCCGAUAUGCCGCCGUCUCACUGCUGCCGGCUGCUGGCGGUGGCCCUGCUCUCCGUGCUGCUCCUGUGGCGGCCGGCCGGCGCGGCCGAGUACCCGGUCGGCGACGGCAUCAACGGCUGGGACACCGGCACCAACUACGCCUCCUGGGCGCAGAGCCGCUCCUUCGCCCCCGGCGACGUCCUAGUGUUCGAGUACGUCAAGAGCCAGCACAACGUCUACCAGGUGACGGAGGCCGCGUACCGGACGUGCGACCCCUCCGCCCCCGGCUCCGUGCUCGCCACCUACGACACCGGCUUCGACAAGGUCCCUCUCCCGGAGGCCAAGAGCUACUGGUUCAUCUGCGAGAUCUCCGGUCACUGCAUGGGCGGUAUGAAGCUCGCCGUCAACGUCUCUGCGGGCUCUUCCGGAGGGGGUGCACCGGCGCCUGACACGCCGCCGUCCCCGUCAGCCGGUGCCGCUUGCCGGAGCAGCUGGGUGGCCUGGGCCGCCGGCUUGGUGGUGCUCGGCGCAGUGCACGUCUUGGUCAACUGAGCUAGCUAGUCUGACCUGUUCAAAAUUGGCUCCUGUAUGCUACUAGCUGUUUAUUCUUCUGUCCUUUUCCAUUUUUUGUAUUUAAUUUAUGAUUUUUGGCGGAUCAAUCAUGAUUCACAGAUACAACAUUCGAUUCAAUUGCAGCCGCUGUUUGCCGCAAACAUUUCCAUGAAAUUUGUAUGUUCAGUUGAAUUUAUUCGGCAAGUUUUUUUUGUUUUUCCACCCUA